GAAAGAUAUUGCAACGGUUUUCAGAUCAAAGUUCACUUCGCCCAGGUAGCUAAGCGAGUAGCCUGAGAUACUCUUUGGCUACGCUAACUUACUAACAGUAAGCUAGCUAGCGCAACAUUUUUGCUGAUGAUACUGUACUUGUCUUAAAAAAAAUGUAAAUGUCACAUUUAUUUAACCAGGUAGGCCAGUUGAGAACAAGUUCUCAUUUACAACUGCGACCUGGUCAAGAUAAAGCAAAGCAGUACGACAAAAACAACAACAGAUUUACACAUAAACAAACGUACAGUCAAUAACAUAAUAGCAUAGUCUUGACCGACGUCGGUUGAUCUAGCUAGCAACUUUGCAUGUCAUUUUAAGUCGUUUGAAUAAUGUUUCUAGUCAUGAUCUAAUUUCACAAGAUUCACAAAGGGUUUUGAACAGACUUUGAACCCUGUGUGUCGGGUGAAAGGUCAAGCGGCCAUCUUUGAAGCGACCCAGAGAGCUGUGGUGGUUUCUAGAAUGCUAGUUAACUAGCUACUAUACUAGUACUGUAGCUAACGAAGAAACGUUACAGCUACAUGUAUUCAAACGGCACAUUACUAAAUUAUAAAUAGAUGUAUUGUUAACCUCAAAGUUGUGGGGUGUGUAACGGUACAUCAAAGAGUACUUUCUGGGCACAUCAUGUCUUCUUUUUCUGAGUCUGCGUUGGAGAAGAAGCUUUCUGAGCUCAGCAACUCUCAGCAAAGCGUACAGACGCUGUCUCUGUGGAUCAUUCAUCACCGCAAACACUCGCCGCUCAUCGUCAAAGUAUGGCACAGAGAACUGAAGAAAGCAAAAAGCAGCAGGAAGUUGACUUUCCUGUAUCUUGCCAAUGACGUGAUUCAAAACAGCAAGAAGAAAGGUCCAGAGUUCGCCAAAGACUUUGAGACAGUCCUUGUUGACGCUUGCUCUCAUGUUGCAAGAGAGGCAGAUGAUGGCUGUAGAAGGCCCAUCGACAGGCUGCUCACUAUCUGGCAGGAGCGCAGCCUCUACAAGGCAGAGUUCAUCCAGCAGCUGAAGCUCGCUAUCGAAGACUCAAACAGCCCCCAACACCAACCCACAGAGGAGAAGAAGGCCCCUAAACGGACCUAUCAGAAGAUGAUCCAAGAGCCGGAGGAAGAGGAAGAAGAUGACUACAGGGGCAACAUGUCCCCACAGAAUUCAGACUUCUCAGGGCCACAGCUGACGGAGGAGCUGGUCAAAGCCCUGCAGGACCUGGAGAAUGCAGCCUCGGGUGAUGCUGCGGUGCGCCAGAAGAUUGCCUCUCUGCCACAGGAGGUGCAGGAUGUGUCCCUGCUGGAGAAGAUCACAGAUAAAGAGGCAGCUGAUAAACUCUCCAAGACAGUGGAUGAGGCCUGUCUACUGCUGGCUGAGUAUAACGGACGUCUGGCUGCUGAGCUGGAGGACAGGAGGCAGCUGGCGCGCAUGCUGACCGAGUACAUCGGUAGCCAGAAGGAAGCCCUCACAGAGAGGGAGAAGAAACUAGAAGAGUACAAACAGAAGCUGGCACGAGUCACGCAGGUGCGCAAGGAGCUCAAGUCUCACAUCCAGAGCCUGCCUGACCUCUCUCUGCUGCCCAAUGUGACGGGAGGCCUGGCCCCUCUACCCUCUGCUGGAGACCUGUUCUCCACCGACUGAGCUUCCUGCUCCCUGUCACACCCUGCCUCUCGCCAGGGCACACACUCCCUGUCGAACCCGCUCACUAGCUACUGAACCCUAGGGAGAGACUGAGAGGGACAUUGGAAGCUUGGGGACAUCCCUGGUGGGAGAGACAAUGGUUGUUGAAGAUUCCGUUCCACCAGCUUGGACAAAUCUCCUUUACAUUUUUAUUCUGAACGCCAGUCAAACGCUAGCUAACUGAUUCUGUGUUGAAGAGAAAUGUUGGGUCAUUAGCCAAUCUCCAUUUUUGUGUUCAUAUGGUGAGAUGGUGGCUCGCACACACACUAGAUCACGUGUCAAACUCAUUCCACGGAGGGUCAACUGUCUGUGGGUUUUCACUCCUCCCUUGUACUUGAUUGAUGAAAUAAGGUCACUAAUUAGUAAAGAAAUCCCCUCACCUUGUUUCUGUGUCUUAGGGAAAAGCAAAAACCCUCCAUGGAAUGAGUUUGACACCCCUGCACUAGAUCGUCGGGACAGCUUUGUGAAGAGACACGUCACAUUUAUUUUAACGGCUUUAAGUUGGUUGCUUUUUAAUGUUGAUGAAAUUUCAGGUGAUUUUUUGUUAGGGUGUAUGUAGGGAGGGGGCCUGUUUUUCCAUGUAGGUUGUCAUUAUUUACCAUUCUCUGUAAUUCCAGUUCAACACACAACAAUAUCCUUACCUUUCAGGUUUGUCAUACAUAGCACUGAGUGGCCAAUCAUCGGUCAAUAACAUUUCAUCCAUGUAGUGGUGUUUCUCAAUCCAUUGUGAAAUAGUUUAGCCCUCAGACAAGUGACUGAUUGAAGUUAUUUGAGCAAACUUGGGGCAGAUUGAGAUGCUCACUGUCUUUGCUGAGCUCUGCUGAUGUCAUCCUUUGUCACAGAUGAUUGUAUCACUUGGUACAAAUGUCAAACUAAGAGGCUUUUCAGGACUUGGCCCGGCCACUACUUAUUCAGCAUUAUUCAGACUUUUUUGAAGAGUAGCAGAAAGUUAACAUGGUUUGUUCUGUCACUAGUUUGGAUUAUGGGCACAGACCUGAGAGAUAAGUGUUUCCCCAUGUUGAAGAAUAGUAAUACGACAUCUGCCCAUGGAAAUGUUGCUUUACUACAGAUGGUAGACCUGUGUGGCAUGUAUUUCUCUCUGCCGAUGCUUUACUACAGAUGGUAGACCUGUGUGGCAUGUAUUUCUCUCUGCCGAUGCUUUACUACAGAUGGUAGACCUGUGUGGCAUGUAUUUCUCUCUGCCGAUACUUUACUACAGCAGUCAUUUCACUUAUAAAAUAAUUCCAUGGAUAGAAAUAAAAUGGAACCAUUUGGAAAGA